AUGGAACAACUAUUCAAAUUAAUAAAUCUAUUAAUACAUCCAGCUUCUACACAACUUUAACUUAAAAGUAUAGUUGUAUUAAUAGCAACCAUAAAUAAAGCAUAAGAACUUGAAAUUGUCAAAAAUUUUGAAUUGUACUAUAAAAUAGAAAUGAAGUAUAAAUUUCGAUAUAUACAUUAGUCCUAUUUUAAGUAUAAUAAGUUACUGCUUCAUUAUAGAUUCUAUUUCAUCAACUUAGCAUAUUCUAAUAAUUUUAUUUUUCUUUAUUGUACACAUCAUAUUAUUUCUAAUGUUCACAUAUUUUUACUUUUUGAGAAAUAAAUCAACAACAAUAUAGUAUAUCUUGCAUACAUUCUUAACUUAUUACUAAUUGCUUUUCUAAAUUCCUAUUCUAUAUUCAGCAUUAAGUUUUAUUUAUGACUAAAAGAUUUGCAAUCUUAGUGACAUCUGUACUUUAGAAAUGAGAAUAGGAAUGAUAUUUAUAGGAUCACUAAAUAUAAUAUUCACUCUGAUCUUAAAUACAAUACAUAUUUAUUUUGGAAGAUGUGAAAAAUUGAUGGAAGAUAAUUACAUUUUAACAUUGGAUUAUUCUAUAAUUUUUAAUAGCAUAAUGUAAGUUUUAUUAAUUAUAUCAAUUAUUCUAAAAUCAAUUGAUAUUUUACCUGAAUUAAGAUUUGCAUUAAUCCUAAUAAAGAGUUUAACUUAUAUAAUAACUUCAAUUAAUAGAAUAAAUCAAUUCUCAUAUAUUUUAGUUGAGAUUAUUGCUAUUUCAUUUAAUGUUUCAAUUGCAUUCAAUUUUAGUAUUUAUGAAUUAUUCUUAAUUCUCUUAUUUUUAUUGUAUUUAUCUAUAUAGAUUUAAUAUAGAGUUGUGAAUUUCUAUAUCACUUUAAAGUAAUAGUAGAAUUUAGUUACACUUUAAGUAUGAAUUAAUUUAACAUAGAUAUUAGAAGAAAAUAAUGAAAUGAGUGCUGUACCUAAAUCAAAAAUUAUCCUAUCAAUUAUUAAAAAGAACCAUAUAUGUAAGAAAUGCAAAAAUUCUCAUUAAUUGGUUGAGUGUUUAUUAAGAAGAAUGGCCAAUACAAUUAUCAAUAGAAAUUAACUUUAUGUUUUGCUUUAUUGUUCUUAUGUAGCAAACCAUGCUCCAUUAAAAGCAUUGAUAAGAGUGAUUUUAAUGACUUCUGAUGAUAUCUACUAUAAAAUUGCUUCUCAUAACUUAUAAUAAGAAUUAUAUAAGAGAACUUAAUAGUUUUAGAAAGAGGCUUAAGUUAAGAAUUCUAUAAGAAAUGCUAAUGAACAUUUGAAUUCAUUAGAUGUUUAAUCAGCUUUUAAUACUUCACAUUCUGCAUCUUUAUUAUUUCCUAUUAUUCUUGAAACUUUGAAUAGUAAAAUCAAUUUUUGGAAUAAACUGAUUAAUGGUUAUAAUGAUAUUGAUCAUUGUCUUCAUGAAGCUUUAAAAACAACUUCUAAAAUGUUAAGAUGCAAAAAAGAAUUUGAAGAUAGAUUUGAUAUGGUCAAUAAUAAAUUGAAAGGAUCUUCAUCUCAAGAUAUUUUAUCAAUGAGAAUCAUAUAAAUCUAUUAGACUGGAAUUUAUUCUAAUUCUUUCUAAGCAUUUUAGUUAGAGAAGGCAAUUGAUGAUCUAUUAAAGAGUGAAAGAUAUAAAUAAGAUGAAUCAUUAGAUAAUAUUCAACUAAUACAAAGUAUAAUAAAUAUUAUAAUAAUUUUAAAGAUAGAUUGAUAAUCUUAAAAUCCAGUUUAGUACGUAGAAGAGGGGAACUAAUCAAUACAAAUAGUAAAUAAUUAUCAUAGUUUUUAUGUGAUUCAGAGGAUAAUGUAAAAUUAAUAAAACAUUGUAAUUAAUUGAUGCCUAAUUUCUUAUAAAGUAUACAUGAUUAAUUAAUGGAUAAUUAUUUAUAAAAUGGACAUUCUAAAUUAAUGGUUCAUGGUGAAUCAACAUUCUUUUAAAAUAUAUAAGGAUACAUAGAACCUUGUAAUAUUAAUUUAUAUAAUUAUUUUGAUUCAAAUAAGAAUGAUUUUUUAUUAAAUAUGAUACUAACUAAAGAAUAAUCAAAUAAUGAAACUAUUUUGUUUGGAAUAGAUGGUAAAAUUCUUGGAUUCACUAAAUAAUUUUAUGAUGAAGUUUUGAAAUCUAAAACAAAAAUUGAUAGUUCUCAUAUGUCUAAACGUACUGAAACAACAAUUUAAUAAAUGGAAAUCAAAGAGUUACUUUUAAGAUAACCAUUAAUAUAAUAUUACAUACCAUCCAUAACAUAAUAAGUUGAAGAAUUAAGAAUUUAAAUUAAUUCAUCUUCAAAUUAUCUUAUGAAUAAUUUAAGAUCUUAUUGGAUUAUUCCAUCAAAUCAUAAUGAUUGUCUAUCAAAUUCACAAUUAAUAUUGUCAUAAUUUAAGAGGAGGAGUAAUGGUUCUCAAACAUAAAACAAUUAGAGAUCUUAUAAAUCAUAAACAUAUUCAAGAUAUUCAUAAAAUUCUAUGAAUACAAAUAUGGAUAUAUAUGAUGAUUAAGAAAUUCCAUAAGAAAUUAGAAAAUAAAUUCUAAUAGAUAAUACACUAAUAAUGCUUUUACAUCCAGAAGUCUAAGAAUCUGUUAAAAAACUUGUUGAAUUCGAUACUUAAUCAUAAUAUAUGUAAUUAGGUUUAUUUUAUAGUCUAUAAUUUAAAGUUUUAAAAUAUAAGAAAGGAACAUAUGCAUAUUUUAUGAUAUCUAUUAAAGAAAUAAAGCAUUUAUAAUUGUAAAAUACAAAUCAAAAUCUCACAACAAUUCCAUCUCAAACUACUUAAUAAUAAAGUGUAUAUCCAACUUAAGAUAUGAAUUCCAGUGAUCUAUUCCUAAAAAAUGAGAAUAUGGAUAUUCCUGAAUCCUAAAAUGGAAUUAUUUUAGAAAUAAAAAUGAUGAAUCAAUUAAAAUCUGUCAAAUAAUAUGAUAAUAAUGAUGAUAUGAGUAAUAAUAAUAUUUUAGACAAUUCAAAAUCUUUAGAAAUGAGCUUUAAAGUUAAAUAAUCUGAAAGAUCUAAUAUUUUUGAUUCCAGUAGAUAAAUGAUUGUUUAAUAACCUUUGUAUAUAAAACCUAGACUAUUAGAUAAAUAAUGCAAUUAAGAAUUUGAAUAAAUGGAAAAUGAUAUGCAUGUAAAUCAUAAUCAUAUUAUUUUAGGGAUUAAAAGAAAGACAAUUAGAAUUAUUAGAUGAAAAUGAAUAAGAAAUAGUUAAUGAAAAAUUUGAAUCUAAUAGUUAAACAUUAAAAAAGAACUCUAUUUUAGGUAAAUUAAGAAUAGCUUAAAUAUAAAAGAAAGAGAAUGCUAUGGAUUUUGCAUCAAAUCCAUCAAGAACUUCUACAAAUUCAACAUCUAAGGAAUCUUUAUUAAUAGUAUAAUAAUUGUAUUAUAACACCUAACUUAUCACACCUCUUAAAAAAAUAGGUUUCCUUCUUUCAUUAAUAUCUUUAGCUAUUUUGGCUGUAGAUAUAAUAAAUGUAUAAUUGAUAUCAUCUAAUCUCAUUUCUUAAACAGAAUAAGUUAAAAAUUUGAGAUAACCUUAAGACAUUAAUUACUUUUACUCUUCUGCUAUGUAUUAAGAAUGGAUUCAAUAUGUCUAAAGUUUAUAAUUAGUUUAAUUAAGUCCUUUUAUGAAUAAAAGAAAUGUUGACAUCUUGGCUUAAAUGUAUGAUUUUGCCAGAUAAGAAAUGAUUAACUUAGCCAUUUAAGUACCUAAAUAAGCUUAGAAUUUGAAUAUCAAUACAGUUUUUAAUUUUAAGUAUAUCGAAAAUGGAGUUAUUAAAUAUCAAGAUCUUCCUCUAUAGGAUUUUUAUUAAGUUAUUUAUUAGACAGCUGAAACUUCAUAUAGAAAUAAUGUGGGAAAAUAAUAAUUCAUUUAUCCGGAUAUGUUAACAACAGGAAUAAUAAGAGUGAAUUUAUGGUAAAUUAUUGAUUUGCAUAAUUAAUUAAUUUAGAUUAUUAUGUAAAAUACUAUUGAUACUUAAUCUUCAGUUAGAUCGUACUUCUUGACAGUUAUGAUGGCCUAAUUAUUUUGUGUAAUGUUUGUUAUUGGACUAUAAUUAAAAUAUUGGUUAUUUAUUGAUCACAUUACAAAAUCAAUAUUAUUUUUAGUAUCUCGUAUAAAUGAAAAUUAAUCAAUUGAUUAAAUUAAUCGUCUAUCUAUUAUUAAAGAAUAGUUAGAUAAUGAAAGUUCUAAUAAAUGGAAAUUGUUUAAUUUUGGAGAAAUUAUGUUUGAAUAUUAAGAUAAGAAGUCUAAAAAAGUAGAAUUAAAGUAGGCAAUAUCUAUUUAAUCAACUUAAAAUAGUUAUCGAGCUACUAGUGCUUUAUAUUCAAGAAUAUAGAAAACCUAUUAUUUGAAUAGAACAAAUGUAAUAAUAACAUUUUUAUUGGCUAUAAUAUGGUCGGCAUUUUUAAUGACAGGAUAUCUUAUUCAUAUGUCAUAUAAUGAUAAUUUUUAACCAUCUUUAACUGUUACAUUAAAAUUUGUAUAAUUUAGACACAAUAUGGAUUCAUUAGCAUUAAUUGCAGGUCUUACAAAAACAGAACCUCUUAUUCCAAAUUAUAAUUUAAGCUUUAUUAAUUAAACUUUAUCAACAUCUUUAUUAGUAGAUUAUAAGGAUAAUUUAUUACCUUUGAUCAAUGAAAUUGCUGAUGUUAUCUUAAAAAAUGCUAAUGAAAAUAAUGAGAAGAGUAUUUUUGAUGGAGUUUUGAAUUAUGAUCUAUGUUUAUCAACUACCUUAGAUAAUUUGCCAGUUUGUGAUUUAUCAAAACAAACCUUAAUUUAUGAUAAGUAAAUAAUAUUUGAUUUAUUAAAUAGGAAAGAUAUAUAUUUAGAUAUUAUUGUAAAUGGUGCUCUGGGAUUCACAGCAGCAUUUGUUAAAUUUAUAAAUUAAGAAUACGAUUAUGAAAUAAAUAACUUUAAAUAUAGUCCAAAUAUAGAAGAAUGUAGGAUAACUGCACAAUCUUAAUAAUUUUAAAAUUUUAUUCUAUAAUAUUUUACUGAUAUAUAAACUGCUAUGAGAUAAUUUUUAGUUUUAUUUUAACAAGACAAUUCCAAUAUCAGUUAAAAUAUUAUAAAUAUAAUACAAGUGUAUUAUUAUGGAUUCGGAUUUAGGUAUUAAUGAAAUCAAUUAUUAAUUUAGCCUAUUUGCCAUAUAUUGUACAUUGAGUUUUAUAUGGAUUUAUAAAUAACAAUAAACCAUCCAAUCAUUAAGAUAAAUAUUAGUACUUAUUCCAGUGGAUCUGAUUCUUACUGCAAAUAUAAGAAGUCAAGCAAAGGAAAUUCAUUAAAUGCUGUAUUGA